AUGCUAGCCGACCACGCAGUGCAAGUCAUUAAGGACAUCACCCAAAAGGCAAAGAAUGGCGAGAAUUUCUUCCUGGCAGUUGGGUUCCACAAGCCCCAUUUGCCGUUCCAAUUCCCAGCUCGCUUUCUGGAUUAUUACUCAGAAGACUCAAUCCAUCUUCCACCCAACCCACAAGCUCCUGACGGCAUGCCUGAUAUUGCCUGGAGAUCAUAUAAUGAACUUAGGGGCUACGCUGACAUAGCCCGACUGAAUGCAUCCGGCAACCCAAACACGACCUUGCCUGACCAGGUGGUUAAACAACUGCGCAUAGCCUACUACAGCGCUGUUAGCUUCAUGGACUUUGAACUCGGGAGGGUUCUAGAUGAACUGGAGAAUCAGGGUCUAGCUGACAACACGAUAGUGUCAUUUUUUGGCGAUCAUGGCUGGCAGUUGGGAGAACACGGGGAAUGGUGCAAACAGACCAAUUUUGACAUCGCCACCCACUCGCCUCUUAUGAUCCGUGUCCCAGGGAUGACGGACCAUGGGAUGAGCACAACAAAGCUGACAGAGUUUGUAGACCUGUUCCCAACUCUAGUAGAAGCAGCAGGUCUUCCCACACUGCCUACGUGUCAAGUAGACUCGUCCUCAACUCAAGACUGCACAGAAGGAAGGAGUCUAGUUCCUCUGCUGCAGCACCCAAAUCUGCCCUCGUGGAAAACCGCAGCCCUCUCGCAGUACCCACGAGUGUAUAACAACACGUCAGCCAUGGGCUACACGAUCACCACGGCCAGGUAUCGCUACACUGAAUGGGUGACGUUCCUCAGCAAGCCCCACUACAUGCCUCAGUGGGACCAGCUUCAUGGAGUGGAGCUGUACGACCAUCUGGCUGAUCCUGAGGAGAAUCACAACCUCGCGCUCAAUGCUGCCCAACAAGGACUUCGCAGCCGGUUGAGGGGGCAACUACGUGCUGGAUGGAGAGCCGAGAUGACGGGUGGUCAUGGCAGACCCACCAUAGGUUGA